AUGGCUACGCCGACGUCUCCUUCGAUGCCUCCCUCGCGUAACAUCUCUGAUGGUUCUGACAAUCGCAGCCGGAUGGCUGGCAACACUUUCGCUCAACUUGUCUCUAAGUUCGAAAUCCUUGAUGCCAUGUCCUCAGCGAGUACUCGAAGGGACUCGCAUGUUACUCCUAGGGCCGUACCAGCUGCUGUCGCUGCAUCUCCCGCAAUCAUCGGACAUAGCUCCUUCAAGCCAUCAGCUCUCAAGACCCGAGAUCGAAGCUCUACAGACUCCAGUCUCAUAUCACCGGGCUGUUUCAUCCCUCCACGUCGAACCUCUCCUCGUCCUCGUCGUGCCCAAACGUUUGAAACCAAGAUGCUUGUUACUCCAGCCACAGUUGCGAGUACGAAGCCAAGACAGAAAUCAGUGGCGGAGAGAAGGAAGAUGUUCGAGAUGCAAGGCGACGCCCCUGGUGAGCUAUUGAUGUUGACCCAACUCACAGGGAAUGACACUGAUUAUGGCAUAGCUCCCUCAACACCUGUCCGAACAUAUACCAGUGCUCGAUCAACUUCUAAACUGGCCCAUUCCAAGAGCUGGAAAUCGAUCAAAACAAGUCGAUCUAUUCCAGAAUCCCACCUCGAGGGUACCACGCCUCCCCCGCCUUCCAACGCGACUGGCAAGGUACAACGACACCCACCAAGCCAUGAUCAAGAUUCGGCUUCAACUCUUCUUCCAGCAUCUUCAGCGGAUGAGCACCAUUCCCACCAUUUUCUUGCCCCUGAAGAGCCAUUUGGCACAUGGGCAACACCGAUUAUCCAUCCGGACGAACGAUGGAUGGCCCUCAAGCGUGAGAGCUUUGCGGUAACCGCAUUUGAUACAAGUCCCAGCUACGUCAAGUCUCAGUACAUCGAACCGGAGCUAGACUUCGCUCGCACCUCAUUGAAGACCAAUGGCAAUCUCAAUACUGGCCAUAAUCAUGACGGGCCCGAGAAUGGGCACUCCAAGGAUGAGACCAGGCAGCAUGGCUGGGUACAGAAUGCUCAAAAGAUGGCACACUCCUUAUCCAGUUCAGCUUUGGUUGGAAAAGCCAGCUUGGGAUCUCGAGAGAGUCCUCGAAUUUCUGCAGACGCCAUAAAUGCGUUCAGAUCCUUUCAGUUUCCGAGAACCGGUACCUUCAGACGAUCCAACUUGCCACGUUCCAGAAUAUCCAGCCUUCGAAAGAAGUUUGACCUGUCCAAGAGUGAUACCGUUUCUUCUCUUCCGGCUCUUGCGAUAAAGCGACAAGGAACUGACUCGGGCAAAACUGAGGACUCCGACUGGUCAUCAAAGCUCUCUCUCCCCAAGUCUGCUACUGAUCCAAACCUUGGCACAAUGACUUCACUCGCAUCACGAUCCAAGAGCUUCGCUCCUCGUUGGAAAGAUAAAUCUGUGCGUCGGCCACAAACCCCUCCCCAAAGGCGCAAAACGGAGCACAAUGUUUCGCCAUUGAAGCAGAAGAUCGACCUGUUUGAAUCCCUCGACCGCGAAAAGCCUGCCGCUAACCCAGCAAAACUGAAUCCUACAAAGAAGCGUUCUGUGUUUGGCAGCCCCCAAACAAUCACAUCUGGCUCAGGCCCGUUCAAGGGGCUUCGGAAAACUCUGCGUCACAUCUCUGCUUCCUGUCGCAAAAGCACAUCUGAAUGGAGUACCACAAGCUCCAGGCCUGGAAGCGGCUCCCAGCACAGCAUACAAGACGUUCCUGGGGAUUCUGUCAAACACUGCGCCAUUGAAGACACUGAGCUAGAUUCUCUUUCACCUGGCACUAUUGAGUCCAUUCCUGAGCGACCAGUCUUGGGGCAAACCCGUCUGGAGAACGAGAUCUCCCCUCUUGAUCUGGGUAGAAGAUUCUCAGUGCAGCGCACCUCCAUCCCUCUUACGACGUACAACAUUGAUGGUGAAUCUGGCCUAAGUCCUGUGGCAGCGGCGCCAGCCCCUUUGUUCUCAGAAUCCCAAAGCAGCAGAUUCUUUAGAACCAAGAUCCCCCUUAUUCGAUCUUCGGACCGAUUUUCCCUUCCGGAUUUUGGAAACCACUCUGAAGAAGCUGAUGUUUUCGGGCCUACCCAUUACCAACACCUUGGAGAUCACGGUUUGCUGAUCUCAAAGGUGCAUUGCCGAUUGGAGCAGCCCAAGCCAGUGCGUGCCAAUGAGCUGAGAAGACUGGUCGGGAUAUGCAAGCAAAAGGUCCGCAAGUUGUCAGCCGGUGGCAGUGAGUAG